AUGAAGAAGAGGAAGAAUAAGAGGAAGAAGAAGAAGAAGGAGGAGAAGAAACUGACGCAGCGCGUAGAUCCUCUUCCUGAUUGGCCUCACCAUCAUCAUCGGCCCCAAAAAGACCCUUCUCUUCUUCGCGCGCAAACAAAAAGCCAAGGGCACAGCGGCAUUCUUCGCGGGCCUGACAUUGAUCUUGAUGCGCUGGACGCUCGUCGGCUUCUUGGUCGAAGCGUACGGGAUAGUCGUUCUAUUUGGCGACUUCUUGGGCACGAUUGCCGGCUUUGCGAGGGGAAUACCCGUUGUUGGACCGUACAUUGGCAUGGUGGUUGA